UUUAUCUCGAGAUAAUAUCACUAACUUCACGAACAUAUGCAUGCAGACAUGUGGCAUGCCAAAAGGAUUCGACUCAGCUGCAUAUUCUGAUGCCUUUUGGGAGCGGCUUCUGCGAUCGGAUUACCGUGAACUAAUUGCCAGGGCAGUUUCUCCGCUGGAUUUUGGCUCUAAAAACAAACUGUACUUUUCCUUAUCGUACACACAUAUCCUCCUCGAUCGUGGCUAUCUGAGCUUCCAGCUAGAUAAGGAGAGUGGGAAGAAGUGUUAUAUGUUAGGAGCAAAGGAGCUAUCAAUUACAUGGCAACAUGACACUCAAUACUGGGAAUGGACACAUAUACCAGAAUCAAGGUUCCCGGAGGUGUGCAUACUUAAACAAGUUUAUUGGCUUUCAAUCCACGGAAGAAUAGUAGCAGGGAUGUUGUCCCAAAACAAUACAUAUGAUGCGUAUCUUGUCUUUGGAACUACUAAGGAUUCCAGAGGAGUUUCCGUGCCAGCAAAAACAAGGUUAAGUUUUGGUGGGUCAGAAAUGGAAACCGAAAAUGUUUAUCUUCAAAGGCCACAUCGUGUGCAAGAAAACUAUGUGUUUCCUCAUAAGAGGAAGGAUGGGUGGAUGGAGAUCAAACUGGGAGAAUUUGAUUACAAUGAAGGAGAUAACGGGAAGGUUGAGAUGGCGUAUGAGGAGAUCAAGUUGGGACACUGGAAGAAGGGUCUUAUCGUGGAGGGUAUCGAGCUUCGGCCUAAAUAAGUACACAGGGCCGACCUUACCUUAUGUCCUCCUGUCCCUCCAAUCUCGAUUCAUGAAAAUUAAAAGAGUUAAAGUCUAAAAUGCAGCCAACAA